AUGGCGCCGUCGCUUCGCGCGAUCCGUGCGACGUUCGUGUGCCUUUCGCUGAACCUGACCCUGUGCAAUGUCUUCACCGGACGCUACUAUACCGCGUCAAAUCUCGCCUCUCCCGCAACUCGCAAUCCUGAAGUUGAAUCGGCGGAAGCAGCGGGGUUCGUGCUGCCGAGCUCGGCGCGCAGCUGCGACGACGAUGAGAGGAUCAAUGCAGCCAAGGGUUUGGUCCCCUCGUUAAAAGAACUCACCUGGAAUCCUGGUCUAUGUGACUGGGAGAUGCAUUUGAUUGCAUCAGUGCCAAAGCAGAGGACCGCAGCACAGCGCCAGGAUCACCAACGCAGGAGCAUCCGCACCUGCCUCCUCCCUCUCAUUAAAAAGGGAACCAAGCUCUUCAAACUCCUUUCUCCGCCGUCCCCCUCUGCUCCCCCUCCCCCCGCGUGUGGUUCCCCCUCCUCUGGCCGAGGGGAGAAGCUGCUGCUGGGGGGAGCGGACCUGUGCGCCCUGAUGCGCGCGGAUGGGGGGAAGAGUGGCUUGGCUGGCGGUGGGGGAAAGGGAGCUGGGGAGGAGAGCAAGGGGGGGCGCAGAGGAGCGGUGGGGAGUUCAGAAGCAACCGUUGAGAAGAGGGGGAAGCGAGGAGAUGCGUCGGAUAGAGGGGGACAUGGGGGGGAGCAGAAGAAGGGACGUGGGGGCAGCGGGGACCAAAAAGGGCAUGAAACAACCAUGAGGCGCAAGGGAGGGGAGGAGGAGGGCGAGGAUGUGGAGGAGAGAGACGGGGGACUGAAAGGAAGGGAAGGAGUGAAGAAAGGGAGGGAGCAGGCGAAGCCGACAGUCAAGAGAAGUGAAAGCAGGGAUGAGAAGGGGAGUGGUGGUGGUAGUGGUGGUGGUAGUGGUGGGGCUGGGGUAAAGGGGAAAGGGAUCAAGGGGAAGGAAGGGGGGCGUGAGAAGGAGAAUCAAGGCGGGCAGGUGAACAAGGAGAUGAUGAUUCGAGCAGCCAUCAGCAUGAUGCAAGCCAAGAAGUUCCAGGAAGCGAUCAACCUCUUCAACCAGGUGGAAGCGGAGGGCGGUGAGCUCUCGGAUCAGCUGUUCAUCGGGAGGGGCCUCUGCCACCUGAUGCUCAAGCGAUUCGAUGAGGCAGAAGACGACUUCACAGAGGGCAUUCAGCGCUUCCCCAGGAGUGCGGAGCUGUACAGGCGGAGGGCCAUGCUGUAUAUUGAGAGGAACGAGCGAGAGACGGCUGUGGAGGAUCUGAGUCGGUCGCUGGAGAUAGAACCCGACAACCAGGACGCCCUGCAACACCGAGGCAUCAUCGCCUUCCACAUACACCUGUACGGCAUGGCCAUCGCUGAUCUCUCCAGGGCCCUUGACAUGCGACCCAUGGAUGCCUACCUCAUCCGCGCCAAGGGCAUAGCCCUGGCGGGGGCAGGGCAGUGGCGCAACGCGAGUGCCGUGUUUGCGGAGGCAGUGAGGCGCCACCCCAUGUCGGCCCACCUGUGGACGGAGAAGGGCCGCGUGCACAAGGAGCUGGGGGAGGUUGACCUGGCUCUUGCUGCCCUGCACAAGGCACUGGCGCUGGAAGACACGCUGGAGGCGUACAUCCGCCUCACAUCCCUCAUGCAGCUCGUGGGCCGCCACAGGGAGGUGAUAACCACAGCGAGGAGGGGUUUGAAGCUGAAUCCCAACGACAUCGAGCUCAACUACCUGGAAGCUUCCGCGCACCAUGCGCUGGGUGACUUUGAGGCAGCGGCUAGCCAUUCACUCAUUCACUCCACCAUUCCUCCACCCUCCACCCCCCUUCCUCUGCCCCCUGUCUAUCCAUCCGCAGCUGCAUCACUCACUCACUCACUCAGCCCUCCACCCCCCUUCUCUAAUCCCCAUCCGCCUGCAGCUGCAUCAGUAUACGUACAUCCUCGCCCUCUGUCCCUCCCUGGUGGUUUGGUUUGCUGCUGUGUCAAUCACUCGCUCACUCCGCCCUCCACCCCUCCUUCUCCGUCCCCCUCCGCGUCCAUUCCUCUGCAGCUGCAUCAGUACACGCACAUCCUCGGCCUCUCGCCCACAGACAGCAACACCGGCACUCUUCAGGGCAUGGCGUUUUACCAGUGUGGUGCUGAGCAGUUCCUUACUGUGUUGCAUGGUGCUGUGCAGUUCCGUGCUGUGCUGUGUGGUGUGGUGUGCAGUCAGCCAACUGGCAUGAAGCUGGGCCUGGCUACCCAGUAUCCAAGCUGGACCCUCUUAAGCAGUUCUCCUCGUCUCCCCUCCCCCUCCCAUCGCAUCCACCAUCAGAGGGAGAUAGCAGCGUACACGGUAUCCAAGCUGGACCUUCCAUUUGCACAGUUCCGCCUGGACUACGAGCUCAACAAUGAACUCAAGGAAGCAUGGGUGCGAAAGCAGUCGCCCCUCUCCAUCCUCCCCGCCUACCGCCCGCUCCCCAUCCGCCUGGUUCGCAACCCCCCCCGCAUCCGCUUCUCCCCGCAAGUGCGCGCUCUCAUUGCCAAGGCGGACGAAAUCGGGCGGCGCACGCAGUACUUUGUGGACGGCUUCAUGCCGCACAAAAGACAACACCGCAUGGCGGGGCUUGCCGCCCUGGAUCUCAUGCAGAGGGUGAAUGCCACGUGGCAGCAUAUGAUUGAGGAACGGAAGGCGAGAGAUGGGGACGGGGAGGAGGAGGGUGAAAGGCUAAGGGAGAGCGAGGGUGACGACAGGGAUAGCAGGAACAACAGGAAUAUCAAUGGUGAAAGUGAUGGUGAUGGGGAUAGUAGUGAGGGGAGCAGUAGCGGAAGGAGCAGCAAGGACAAAAGGGCAAGUGGGAGAGGGGCACAGGGAGGGUCCCGACGGAAAACACCCCGAGUGUCCCUCAAAUCCUCCGCAGCAGGGAAGAGAUCCAACGGCCGAGAUAAGCCCACCAGCUCAACCGGCCGAUCCAACGGUGCACAGCUGAUCUCAGGGUGGAGAGACAUGUUCGACGGAAUCAUACGGUGGAGGCAGCACGCCGAACCCUGCGAUACAAUCACAUGGAUCGACCAGCUCAAAAACGAGUACCCCAAGGGCUUCGGUACAAUCACAGCCAUGCGGGUCGGGCAGAUGCACAACCUGAAGUACUACCCGUUUCAGGACUGGGCGUUUGAAGUCAUGAGAUCCGUUCUGCUGGAGACUGAAAUGGCUUCGAAUGCAACCAACUGGCCGCUGCCGGUGCCGCGGCGGGUGCACGGGAGGGCGAUCGAGGCGGCGGGGGACUUUGGGGAUCUACACCGCGUGGUGGGGGAGAACUUCUAUGUUACCACGCAGUGUUACAGCGAGGCGUUUCCCGGGCGAGUGAUGAACGGCACCCAGCUGACUCUCGUGGAGGCAUCAGGCUCCUACGACUUCACCAUUCGUACUGCAGUAACGCCCGAGCGCAGUGCCGAAUUUUUCCAGGAACUGCAGAAGACAUGGGAGGAGCUCAGUGAGGCCGCCACGGACACGCACUUGCGGGCCACUGACUUUCACUUGUACCGGCGGCGAGUGAGGGAGGGUGUGCUGCGGAUGGGGUACUACUGGUACCAGUUCAUGCCGCUCACCCGUGGGUCGGCAAUGGUCGGCAUUAUCUCCAUCCUCGGCCUCUCGCUUGCUGCUGACAUGGAGACGCUUUCACUCAUCCCCAAGGACGUUCAGGUGGACUGGGAGGCGAUAUUGAAUCCGCGUUUUAAGCAGUUCAACGACUCAAUCCCCGGCAACACUGGGUCCAUUGCACGCACGUGUGCUGCCACGGCUGUUCCACUGCACCUGGUGAAGCCUCUGGGAUUCGACAUUACGGACUCGAAGCUCAAGAGAGCGGGGCUGGACUACUGGCCGUACGUGGUGGUGAACGUGCACGACAGCUGGAGGGUGUUCAUGGAGUAUUUCAGGCAGCAGCCGGAGCCCAAGCGGCUGAUUGCGUUUUCCAAGCGAGGCUCAGUGCCCCACCAUGAUAUUCAAUAUCAACCAGGUGAUUGGCUGUUGUUUGGAGCUGAAACGUUUGGCCUACCACCAGAGGCCAUUACAGAGUGCACUGCCACGUCAUUGGAUGAAAACACACUCGCCGCGGCAGUGGAAGCGGCAGCGAAUGAGUUCAAGCCACGUCAUAUUCAGGAGCUGCAGGAGGAAGCGUUAAGCGCGGCGGAAGUGGCGGGGCUUCUGCGGAUGCGUGACAACGGGAGCUUACCUGAGACGGAGAAGGUAGCAGACGCGCUCGAGCGCGAGGUGGGGAGGUUCCGCGGAAGCAGCGGGGCGGCAGAAGAUGCGGGGGAGCUUGGAGGGGAUCAGGCUGUACCUGCGGCGAUUCAACUAUCGGAGGGGCUGAAUUCGGUUCAGUACGCGAAGCACGAGCUGGAAGCGAGGCUGCUCAAAGGGAAGCCGAUCCGCAGCUGGAUCAGGGAGCUUCAAGUGAUGUGGCGCGACGCGACAGGCGCACAGCACUCGGCGUUCCUCAAGGCGCGGGACGGCAAGGAGCAGGGCCGAGGUGCCUCCGGAUUCAUCCAAUGGAUGGUGAUCGACGGCCAAGAAGUGGCCCCUCCGUUUUACCCCGGGAGUUCCAUCUCCGCGAGCGGAGGCUUUAAGCUGCUGCUGGCGGAGAGCAGGAGCCGGCCUGGGAGGGUAGAAGACGAGUUCCACCUGAAAAUAGAGGGCGUGGUGGAUCUGGGGGUAACGGCGCGGGUGGCCCAUCCGCUCAUGCAGACUGCGACUGAGGCUCAGGCGCACUUCAACGUGCAUAUCGUGCAGCUCAAUACCCCCUGCAUUGAGACAUCUCUCAUGCUCACAAUGACCUCUUCACACUGCUUCUUGGUUCGCCCUCUUCUGAUCAUGCCCUUUUCUCCAUCCAACCCCACCCCCGACCUCUCUCCACCAGCACACGGAGGGCAUUCACGGGGUGCUUGGGCAGACCUUCCGCAGCGAGGCAUCCCGAUCGGUGCGGUCUCGGUGGCACCGGCUGCUCACUCGCAUGCUCACCUGACCUCUCCACCUUUUCUCCCCGCCCUUCCUCCCUCCUCCCCCACCAGCACACGGAGGGCAUUCACGGGGUGUUGGGGCAGACCUUCCGCAGUGAAGCAUCCCGCUCAGUGCGAUUGCUCGGCACCGCCUGCUUACUCGCAUGCUCAGACCUCUCCACCUUUUCUCCCCGCCCUUCUUCCCACCCACCACCAGCACACGGAGGGCAUUCACGGGGUGUUGGGGCAGACCUUCCGCAGCGAGGCAUCCCGCUCAGUGCGGUCGCUGCGGCAUCGCCUGCUCACUCGCCUGCUGCGGGAGCCGGUGGACGUGGAGAGCAGUGAGGUGGGCGAUGGGCUGCUGGAUGGGAUCAUGCAGGACUAUCUCACCUCGGGGAUUGCCGCCACAGAUUGCGUGUUCUCUGCCGCGUGGAGGAGGGGAGAUCCGGAUAUCUGGAUGGGAGACGACGGGCUUGAUUUCAUGCUAUAA